AUGCACUUCUUUCUGGCAGCCUCGGCCGCCUGUGCAGCAUUCAUUUCAUCUGCUUCGAGUCUUGCUAUUGCCGGACAGGAGAACCUCGUGGCCCGUGGCUCGCCGGCAGGAUGGUCAUACUAUGGCUGUGUUGAGCUGCCGCCAUUCGCCGAGAUCUCACUGAUCGAUGAAGGUGACAUGACGCGCCAGCUUUGCGCCAGCUAUUGCCAAAACAAGAAUUAUGAAGUGGCAGGCCUUUCUGAAGGCAGCGACUGCUACUGUUGGCAUGGAAGUAAUAAUAAGUUCAGUACUUUGGACGAAACCAAGUGUAAUUUGGCCUGUACUGGUGAUGCUCAGGAUACCUGUGGAGGUCACAAGUCCUUGAGUAUCUUGAAUAAUGCCAAUCAGUCGUCGCCAAAGGAAUUGCGUUCGCGGCCUGCGCGUAAGAGGAAGUGCGGAGGAGAGAAAUAUCCAGUCUCGUCCUCUUCUUCUUCUUCUUCUUCAGUAUUUACGUCAUCUCCAGUACCCUCUGUGACAAUAACGACGACCACCAGCUCUUCUUCCACGCCAUCUACCAGUAGUUCGAUGAUUAUCACAACGGCCUCUUCUGACCCAGAAUCCACAUCCUCGGAUUCCUCGGAAACAAGCUCUUCGGAUACUGCAUCAACUACUUCCUCGGCAUUGACCAGCUCUGGCACCGUAUCUGAUGUAUUCACCUCGACAUCUUCAGCAGAUCAAACAACGAGUGAGAUUUCUAGCACGACUUCAUCAGAAGCAACGACGAGUGAAACUUCCAGCACGAGCUCAUCCGAAGUCUUGACCGCAUCAGAAGCAACGGCGACUACAUCCUCCAGCUCCGUCUCGGAAACAAGUUCAUCAGACGCAGCAACCACAUCAUCCAGCUCCGUCUCAGACACGACUUCGUCAGACAUUACGACAAGUACGUCUUCGAGCACAACUUUGUCCGAGGUCACGACCACAUCCUCUAGCAGUGUUUCAGAGACAAGUACGUCGGAUGCAACGACGAGUGCAUCGUCCAUCACAACUUCGUCAGAGGUCAUGACCACAUCUUCUAGCAGUGUCUCGGAGAUAAUUACGUCGGAUACAAUGACGAGUAUACCCUCUACAACAACCUCGGAAACAACCACAUCGGCGACAGUGACCGGCCCCUGCGCAACCAUCACUGGUGCAUUUGUGCUCCUGGGUUCCGGUACAGGCGACUUUGCGGUCGACGGAAACUUUGUCCAGCUACAAAACUUGUUUGGGUCUGGCUACCGCGCCAGCUUCUCAGCCGCCCGGCAGAACGCGCAGCAGUUCCGCUUCAACGGCGACUGCACCCUUUCGACCUCGGACGGCGGGCUGCUGGCCAUGAUCGGCAGCACUACCAAUCUGCACUACCAGUACUUCUUCCCCAGCGUGCAGGAUGCCACGGCGCUGAUCAACGUUAAUUGGGAGGUCGACGUGUGCAAGAUGAAUGCCGACACUACUUUGACGUGCACCGCUAUGGAGCAAUCUAUUUUCCAGGUCACUCCUGGCGACCCACUUCUCGAAAUUGGCGACCAGCUUUACGGCGAGCAGGUGACAAUCAACUUGAUUCCCGUGCUUAACGUCUCGGUUUAA